UGCCCAGAGCUGGGGCGGCUGCGGACUCGGUCUGCGGCCGCGGCUUUUGCAGUGGCCUCCGCGGCGGCUGGAGGUGAGCAGGGGCUGUAGGUACAUCGCGGCAGGGAGCGGUCUCCGAUGCGCACAGGAAAUCCUAAUAGACCCUCGCUUGUCAAAGAAAUUAGCAGGGAUCUUAGGUUGGAGAGAAAUCCAGGUACUUAGUUGACAUACCUUCUGCCGCCAUGGGGGAGCUUUUCCGGAGUGAGGAGAUGACGCUGGCCCAGCUUUUCCUACAGUCAGAAGCUGCUUAUUGUUGCGUCAGUGAAUUAGGAGAACUCGGAAAGGUUCAGUUUCGUGAUUUAAACCCAGAUGUGAAUGUUUUCCAGAGGAAAUUUGUAAAUGAAGUUAGAAGAUGUGAAGAAAUGGAUCGAAAGCUUCGAUUUGUUGAGAAAGAGAUAAGAAAAGCUAAUAUCCCAAUAAUGGACACUGGCGAAAAUCCAGAGGUGCCCUUUCCGCGGGACAUGAUUGACCUAGAGGCCAAUUUUGAGAAGAUUGAAAAUGAACUGAAAGAAAUCAACACAAACCAGGAAGCUCUGAAGAGAAACUUUCUGGAACUGACUGAAUUAAAAUUUAUACUUCGCAAAACUCAGCAGUUUUUUGAUGAGGCUGAAUUGCAUCAUCAGCAGAUGGCGGAUCCAGACCUGUUGGAAGAGUCCUCAUCCCUCUUGGAGCCAAGUGAGAUGGGAAGAGGCACACCUUUGAGGCUUGGCUUCGUGGCUGGUGUGAUUAACCGGGAGCGCAUCCCUACUUUUGAGCGCAUGCUUUGGCGGGUGUGCCGGGGGAAUGUGUUCCUGCGACAGGCUGAAAUCGAGAACCCCCUGGAGGAUCCCGUGACUGGUGACUACGUGCACAAGUCUGUGUUCAUUAUUUUCUUCCAAGGCGAUCAGCUGAAAAACAGAGUCAAGAAAAUCUGCGAGGGGUUCCGGGCCUCGCUCUACCCCUGUCCUGAGACACCCCAGGAGAGGAAAGAAAUGGCGUCUGGAGUUAAUACCAGGAUUGACGAUCUCCAAAUGGUUCUGAAUCAGACAGAGGAUCACCGCCAGAGGGUUCUGCAGGCAGCUGCUAAGAACAUCCGUGUCUGGUUCAUCAAAGUGCGGAAGAUGAAGGCCAUCUACCACACUCUGAACCUGUGCAACAUAGACGUGACCCAGAAGUGCCUGAUUGCGGAGGUCUGGUGCCCUGUCACUGACCUUGACUCUAUCCAGUUUGCACUCAGAAGGGGCACGGAGCACAGUGGUUCCACCGUGCCCUCCAUUUUGAACAGGAUGCAGACAAACCAGACUCCCCCCACCUAUAACAAAACGAACAAGUUCACAUAUGGCUUUCAGAACAUAGUAGACGCUUACGGGAUUGGAACUUACCGAGAGAUAAAUCCAGCUCCAUAUACCAUCAUCACUUUCCCUUUCCUGUUUGCUGUGAUGUUUGGGGACUUUGGCCAUGGCAUUCUGAUGACCCUUUUUGCUGUAUGGAUGGUGUUAAGAGAGAGCCGGAUCCUCUCCCAGAAGAAUGAGAAUGAGAUGUUUAGCACUGUGUUCAGUGGCCGAUACAUUAUCCUAUUGAUGGGCGUGUUCUCCAUCUACACUGGCCUCAUCUACAACGAUUGCUUUUCCAAGUCUCUUAAUGUCUUCGGGUCAUCCUGGAGCGUACGGCCAAUGUUCAAUAUAUAUAAUUGGACGGAGGAGACGCUUCGGGGGAAUCCUGUGCUCCAGCUGAACCCAGCCAUCCCUGGAGUUUUUGGUGGACCAUACCCUUUCGGCAUCGAUCCAAUUUGGAACAUUGCUACCAAUAAACUGAGCUUCCUCAACUCCUUUAAGAUGAAGAUGUCUGUUAUCCUUGGUAUCAUCCACAUGUUGUUUGGUGUCAGCCUGAGCCUUUUCAACCAUACUUAUUUCAGGAAGCCCCUGAAUAUCUACUUUGGAUUUAUUCCCGAAAUAAUCUUCAUGACCUCUUUGUUUGGCUACUUGGUUAUCCUUAUUUUUUACAAGUGGACGGCCUAUGACGCUCAUACAUCUAAGAAAGCACCAAGCCUUCUGAUCCAUUUCAUAAACAUGUUCCUCUUUUCCUACCCAGAGUCUGGUAAUUCAAUGCUGUAUUCUGGACAGAAAGGAAUUCAGUGUUUCCUGGUAGUGGUCGCGCUGCUGUGUGUACCAUGGAUGCUGCUGUUUAAACCACUGGUGCUGCGCCAUCAGUAUUUGAGGAGGAAGCAUUUGGGAACUCUCAACUUUGGUGGGAUCAGGGUGGGCAACGGACCGACAGAGGAGGAUGCUGAGAUUAUUCAGCAUGACCAGCUCUCCACCCAUUCAGAAGAUGCAGAAGAGUUCGACUUUGGAGACACCAUGGUCUACCAGGCCAUCCAUACUAUCGAGUACUGCCUGGGCUGCAUCUCCAACACCGCCUCCUACCUGCGGCUCUGGGCCCUCAGCCUCGCUCAUGCUCAGCUGUCUGAGGUACUUUGGACCAUGGUGAUCCACAUCGGCCUGAGCGUGAAGAGCUUGGCAGGAAGUCUGGCGCUGUUCUUCAUCUUCGCUGCCUUUGCCACCCUCACUGUGGCCAUCCUCCUGAUCAUGGAGGGCCUCUCGGCCUUCCUCCACGCGCUGCGGUUACACUGGAUUGAGUUCCAGAAUAAGUUCUACAGCGGGACCGGUUUCAAGUUCCUGCCCUUCUCCUUCGAGCACAUUCGGGAAGGGAAGUUUGACGAGUGAGCCCCUCGUGGGGCUGUGUGCCUGCUGCCCUCCAUGGUCAUUAGCUGUACUCCUCUUGCCUGUUGGUUGUGAUCCCUGGAUAUUGGGGCAUUUAUGUCAUCCCUGCCACCCUCCCCCAACUGCCUCUGAGUCAUUUAGGUAAAUCCAGCCUUCCCUUGAGUUUCCCACCACCUCAGCUUCAUGAGUCGUAGUGUAGGGAUUUUCUAGAGAAGCUGGGGUCUGGCUGUCAAUCAUACCACUGGGCACCAGCCUUGCCCUUGAUCUCCAUCUCUGUCCAGCCAAAGACAGCCCUCUCUGUCCCCUGCUGGUGAUGGUGUGCAUUUACAUGUGAGCCCACAGCCCGCGGAAGGAGCACCUUUGCCAUCCAUACCCAGACUGAGCCCCAACUCCUACCAUUCUACUUACUAGUUGGGGUGGGGGUGCUCUUUAACACUCCACCCUUGGGUUAGCAGGGGUGGGUCCAGGAAGAUGGUAUUUCUGUCCUCUACCAUUCCCCCUCUGGUCUUCAGAGCACUUGUUAAUCAAGAAUUCAGCUGGACCCAACUGUGCCAUUGUGUAUGGCUUUUCCCUGUCACCCCCAAGGGUCCCAGGGUACCCAACACUACCCUCCUGACCACCCUACACACACUCCCUCCUCCCUCCCAGUAUCCCCUCCCUUCCCUCUCCCAUUUGUACCCUAGGUAAUAUAGCACAGCUGGGAGUGACCCAAAACAGGUCCUGGCUGACUGCUUCUCAAGCCACGUGUGGGCCCUGCGACAAGCAGGGGUUUAAACUGAUACUUUUUCCCUGUACAAGCCCUGAGGCCUUUCCCCACCUCCAAUCAUGAGUCUUGAGUAUAGGACUGUAGUCAUCAGGGUGGUCCCCCAGCAGGCCUGCCUUGCUCUGCCCCCCAGUGCCCCUUCCCACUUCCACACUGAGCCCAAGUCAGGGGCAGGGAAGGUCAGCGUCAUUUACGGUUUGCUGAUUGGAGAGGCAACUGGCAGGGCCUCUGUGCAUGGUCGUGAGAGCUACGUGGCCCUGUCCUGUGGACUGGUGGUGAAUGCCCCCAAGAGGCUGGCUCCCAUCACCCCACUCUGACUGCAGGUCUUAGGGCCUUUUAAUCAUGUGUUGGUGUAGCAGCCCUGGCUGCUUCAGCUAAAUUGAUCCUGUCGCAGUCAGUGGUUGAGGUAAGCCCCUGAAUUGGCCAGGCCCCUGAUCUCUUCCCACCCAGGCUUUUCUGAGUGAGCUACUUGGAGCUGCUAGCUCGACUCUCCCAGGCUGGGCUGGCCUUGGACGUGGGUCCCCUGCCCCAGUUUCCCAGCUUCACCGUGUGCUGGCAAGUGUGACCUGACCCAGACCUUGUGCAGAGCCCCGUCCCCCCUGGUCCCUGUGGUUUACAUGAUGAGCUUUGUUCUGUUUACAGCAGGGCUUGAAGCAGAGUUUCUGUGUCAGGAACCCUGCCCAAGGCCCUUCUGUUCAGACAUUCCUGUGCUGAAUAAAGUGUGUUUGAGUCUA